CAACACCGUCAGCUGACAAAAAACAGUCCUUGCGAACGGGCAGUAUGGAUUGAUUUGAAUGAGACUGUAGACUAUGUCUAACUUUUUAGAUUACCAAAAUAUCAAUAUAAUUCUCUCUAGACAGUAAGAAGAGGAUCUGACAGUAUCACUCUUACUGCGUCAACACGGAAGAAAUUAUUGAGCUAACGUUUAAGGUUGACAGGUCCCAUAGUGCUCUAGAAGUUGCUAGCUAGAGAGACUAUCAUCUUGAUACAAUAUAUGUUUUAAUCCUUUUGGUAUAUAUAACAUUCCCGUUACUGACAUGUCCGCUAAACCUACUUGUCUUAUUGUGGCAAGUGCUGCACCUCAAGGGGUGAAUGCUCGCUCGUUUCAUCAGGCUUUUACGUUGUGCAGCCCUGUGUUUAACCUGCAAACUGCUACUCCUGGGGGGAAGCCCAUUGAUUUUGUGGGUGUGGAUGAAAGCACAGCACGGUGGGUGCAGGACUUCAGUGUGAAGCCUUCUGCCACCCCAGCGAAGCUGGAGUCCAUAGACGGAGCUCGCUACCAGGCCCUGUUGAUCCCAGAUUGCCCUGGUGCUCUUACUGAUCUUGCUCACAGUGGUUCUCUGGCUCGGAUCCUCACCCAUUUCACCUCCCAACAGAAGCCAAUGUGUGCCAUAGGGCAGGGAGUGUCCGGAUUAUGUUGUGCCACUGAGGGCCAGCGGUGGCUGUUCAACGGCUACAGCCUCACUGGGCCUUCAGUGUUUGAGCUUGUUCGCUCCCCAGACUUUGCCAACCUGCCCCUCAUUGUAGAAGACUUUGUGAAGGACAGUGGGGGCUCCUACACGGCGAGCCAAGAGGAUGCUUUGCACGUAGUUCUGGACAGGCACUUGGUGACCGGUCAGAAUCUCCAGUCCACCACUGUAGCCAUCCACAACCUCAUCCUCCUGUGCAAUAGCGGCCGCUAAUGCUAGCUUGCCUCCGCCAGGCUCCGUACAGCACAGCGGACUCAGACAGGACCAAUCGCACAUUGACAUGAGGACCAAUUUUGUCAUGUUUGGACAUUGUCACAUGUUCCAUAGUAUUCUAAUUAUGAUCCCUUAUUUGAUGAUGUUGUUGAAUCAGCAUAUUAAGAUGCUGUCGGCAGUUUUUCUUCAGUGAGUGUGUGUGUUUCUAGACUGUUGAUUUAUGGUUGCGUUGUAUUAGUCAUAUUCAAAAUACUCCAAAAGACACAAGAAACAUACAGUACAGUGCACAGCCGUGGACCAUCUUCAUACCAUUCCUCAUGGUGCAUUAUUAACUGUAUCUAGAAGAAAACUGCCAACUUUAUUUUUAAAUGAAAACAGAGUUAGAACUGUUUCCAACCAUACUUCUGUUAAGUGCCUGAACGCGAUAGUGUAAAACCGCAAAUAAAGGUGUGAUAUGGACUUCCUCUGUGGCCAUGUCACAGGAAAUCAUCAGCUUCCUUCUGAACUAAUACAGCAGUAUCGUUAAAAGCCUUACUAUGGGUGCCUCUCAACAUCUCUCCUCGUUCCUCGAUGCUCCAUCCUCGAGGGGCGUUCCCACUGAUCUAUAACUAACACUGGAUAGACUAUCCCAUUGUUGCCGCCGCAUCAUUCUUUAUCUAGAUCAGUGAGGACGAGGAUCGAGGAAGGAAAGGAGGGUGUAUAAAAGACCAUAUGAGAGGCACCCUAUGGCAUCAGUAACCAUCAUGUUAUGUCCCCACCCAGUGUCAUCAAGUGUAUUUGCCGCCGAAAUACAUGUGCCCUCAUUUCCUCCAUGUUCACAGUAUUGCAAUGUAUGUAAAACAUUGAUUUUUAUUAAAAUGAAUAAAAAUGAACACGACUGUCCUGA